CGUGCCUUCCACCACGCCUUCAGCACCAACGACUGCUCGCGGAACGUCUACAUCAAGAAGAACGGCUUCACGCUGCACCGCAACCCCAUCGCCCAGAGCACGGACGGGGCGCGGACCAAGAUCGGCUUCAGCGAGGGCCGCCACGCCUGGGAGGUGUGGUGGGAAGGCCCGCUGGGCACUGUGGCUGUCAUCGGCAUCGCCACGAAGCGGGCGGCCAUGCAGUGUCAGGGUUAUGUGGCCCUGCUGGGGAGUGACGACCAGAGUUGGGGCUGGAACCUGGUGGACAAUAACUUGCUGCAUAACGGAGAGGUGAAUGGCAGUUUCCCCCAGUGCAAUAACGCGCCCAAAUAUCAGAUAGGUGAAAGGAUUCGAGUUAUCCUGGACAUGGAAGACAAAACAUUAGCUUUUGAGAGGGGCUAUGAGUUCUUGGGAGUUGCCUUCAGAGGACUGCCAAAAGUUUGCCUGUAUCCAGCAGUGUCGGCUGUGUAUGGUAACACAGAAGUGACUUUGGUCUACCUGGGAAAACCUCUGGAUGGAUGACAUGGAUUGUUUCCUUGGGACAUCGAGAUGUGGAUGAUUGGGAGGAGAAAUCUGCAUGUUGGUUAAAGGGAAACGUGUAUUAGAGGAAAAACAAAAACGUGUGGGUGUGUGUCCGAGAACCAUCGAGGGAAUCACAGGGAGUUUUGAAACGGAGGACCAGCCAUACUUCAGGAAUUACGCUACAUUUCCUCUUUCUACCAGGCCAGAAAAAUCCUCAGGGUUGCAGUUGGUUGAGUGGGAAGCUGACACAUGCAUGUUGCAACAGAUUUCAUUGCUAAGAUGACAGUGUGUCACCUCAAAUAUUUAAGAAAGGAUUUGAUCCAAAACUGCUUGAGGAAAUUAACCUGAGAUUUGUAAGUAGAGUGUUUUGUGAAAGACUCCCAUUUUAAAACUGCUUGUUCCUUCCCUUCCCUCCUUUGGGCCAACGUGGGUACCAGAGGAGAGCGAGUCUGGUUGGGUUUU